AUGGAGGCUGAAACAAGCAUCAAAUGUUUGCGAAUGGAUAGAGGAGGCGAGUACAACUCGAAGGAGUUCACAGACUUUUGCAACAUUCAUAGGAUCACUCGACAACUAACGGCAGCAUACACCCCCCAACAAAAUGGUGUUGAUCAAAGAAGAAGAAAGCUAGAUGACAAGAGUAGAGCACACAUAUUUCUUGGUGUGAGCAAGGAUUCCAAAGUAUAUAGACUCUUUGAUCCUAUUACCAAGAAAAUAACAAUCAAUAGAGAUGUAAAAUUUAAAGAAGAUGCAUGCUGGACGUGGGAACAAAGCAAAGGAGAAAUGCAAUCAGAUGCACUGGACUGGGGAGAUAAGAACUCUAAUACUAACAAAGAGUUAGAGUUAGAAGAAAACUCUGGUUUUAACAAUACAAGUAACACGGCUUCACAAACAGAAGGAGACUCCUCCACAACCUCAUCAGGCGGAAGCGAACUAAGCUCAUCAGAAGGAAGAUCUCGGAAAACUCAUGCAUGGAUGUCAGAAAACACAAUCGGAGAAGGACUUUCAAAGGAGGAAGAAGAAGCAAUGAUGAUGAUAAUAGCAGAAGAUCCAGUUACAUACAAUGAAGCUGUGAAAGAAAAAAAAUGGAGAGAGGCGAUGGCUAAAGAGAUUGACUCUAUAGAGAAAACUGGCACGUGGAGACUCACAACCUUGCCGAAAGGAGUCAAAGCCAUUGGGGUUAAAUGGAUUUUCAAAACCAAGCUUAAUGAACAUGGUGAUGCUCCGCAAGCAUGGUACAGCCGCAUAGGAUCCUACUUCAUUAAAAAGGGUUUCGAAAGGUGCGCGUCUGAACAUACUCUCUUUACAAAAGAGAAGGAUGGAGGUAAAUUCCUAAUUGUCAGUCUUUACGUUGAUGAUUUAAUUUAUACUCGGAAUAAUAAAGGCAUGUGUGAGGAAUUUAAGAUAUCAAUGAUGCAUGAAUUUGACAUGUCUGAUUUGGGAAGGAUGAGAUAUUUUCUUGGCGUGGAAGUCAUACAGAAUUCGAAGGGGAUAUUCAUGUGUCAAAGAAAAUAUGCAAGAGAAGUGCUGGCAAGGUUUGGCAUGUUUGAUAGCAAAUCGGUUGGAAAUCCUAUUGUGCCAGGCACAAGGCUUUCCAAGGAUGAGAAGGGAACUAAGAUCGAUUCAACCAUGUUCAAGCAAGUUGUUGGGAGCCUGAUGUACUUGACAGUAACUAGACCAGACAUAAUGUUUGGAGUGAGUUUGAUUAUCAGAUAUAUGUCAUCUCCAACUAAGGAGCAUUGGUGUAUAGCAAAGAGAAUAUUAAGAUACAUUAAUGGUACAAUUGAAAUGGGAAUUCUUUACAGAGGUGGAAGCAUCAUAGACUUGGUGGCAUACACAGACAAUGACUUUGCAGGACAUCUUAAUGAUAAGAAAAGUACUUCUAGGUUUGUAUUUCUUCUUGCAGGAUGA